GUUGGUACUUUUGAACGUAUGGUCAAAGUCAAACGCAUGUUAAUAUCUGUUAGCAUAAGAAUUCUAUGUGUACACGCAUGUUUGUCUGCGGUCUACUUCCGAUUGUCCCUGAAGCGGAAGGUCGACCACUCCGAGGACCGAUGAACCAGGCUUGGAAAUCGACGUUGUGAAAUGGGUGACUUCCUUGAAUUUCGACGGUGAAGGGAUUUCCUAUAAAAGCACGCGAAACGGAAGAUCAGCUUCGAAUCGUUUUUAGACGUUCAGCAGUUAACAGUGACACUUCCGUUCCACGAUGAGGAGAUAUUUAUUUUUAAUAACUAUACUUGGUGUGAUUUUUUUAAAAGAAUCGCUCAGCAAAUCGGCGGAAAUUGCAGCAAAUUCUGAUGUGCUGGAUCCCGUCGUCUUAACUGUAAACAAUUCAUCUGAAACAGAUGCCAAGAGAGAGCAGAGAUCUCCGCAAUUUGGUUUGUUAGGAGGCGAUAUCAGCGAUUAUUCUGACUACGAUUAUGGUGCACGUUUUUUUGGAAGCAAACGAAAGUUUCAUCGUAAACCACAUUACCAACAUAGGCCUCAUGGAUGCCGCGGUUAUGGAGGUUGCGGAGGAUGGCAACCGAACUACGGCGGCCAUUAUGGAGGACAAGGAGCGUCUUUCGCUUCAGCAUCGGCAGGAUCUGUAGGAAGUGGUCCUUAUGGUGGAGGACAGAGCCAAGCCAAUGCACAGAGCGCGAGUUUCAAUAUCGGGCCUUUCUCAGCUUCAUUCAGCGCUGCUCAGUCUGCCGCGGGACACGGAUUUUGAAUCUUUGAAGAGAUCUCCGCAGUUACGCAGCCCCUAAUUUAUUUCACGGUCAUCGUCUCUCCGCCAUCAUUGUGGGCCCAUUGUUUACAAACAUUCUACGUCACUAGGAGCAAGUAAAUAAGCCUAACCGCGUGCGCGAGCCACCCCCUUGCCUCCUGAGAUUUCCUGAGAGAGCAAGUUUCCUUUGUCCGCAUGCCAGCCACCAGAUGUUCUCCAAAAUAAAACCGAUAAAAUAUCGCGACGUAGCGCCGCGAUACGCGCACAAAUAAGCGAGACGGAGGGCAAAACUGACGCGAGAAGGGCAAGGAUAGAGGGAUUGAAGAACGAUGUAGUAGGGAGAAAACAUCGCGAGACGGAGGGUCGCUGGAUAAACGGCACAAAGGGAUAGGAAGCCAAAGGGAGAAGGGCCCGGUAAAGAGCGAGGGCCUGAAAUCGAGAUCCGAAAAGCCCCGUGCAAUGACCGGACGAUCUACACACGCGAUCCUUGCCGGUGCAACAUCCUCUGUUUCAGGAUACACUCUCUCUUCAUUCUCCUCUUUCGAAGAAGCAGCGCUCUAUCGAGAACGGAUUGAUGAAAUUUGUUCGUUAAAGAGCGUCCCGAAUCUUCGAUGAA